UUGCCGCUCCGCGCGACACCGCUCUCGCCUCUCUCCGGCGAUCCCCGCAGUCUCGCUAGAUCAUUCAACACGCAACUACGCUGCAAUUUUCUGACAAAUUAACUAUGGAUUCAAACAUUUCCUCUGAAUUGACUCCAAAAACAGAGAUCGACACUGAAAAUGACACAUCGAAACGUGUUCAAUGGACCUCAGAAAAAACUAUAAAAUUGAUUGAGACUUUCGAAAACGAGUGUCGAGAGCUGUGGGACCCAAAACAUGUUUUGAAUAAGGAUAGAUCGGCUAGACAAGCGAAGUUAGAGUACCUUGCGGGUGUAUUUGGUACUAAUUCAGAGGAAAUAAGCAGGAAGCUGCAUAACUUGAGGACGCAGUUUAACAAUGAGUUACGGAAGAUUAAGAGGAGGGCCUCGGGAGGGGAGUCCAGUUCGGGAGUGAGCAGCGGGUGGGAAUACUUCGAGUCACUCUUGUUCCUGUUGAGGGAACCCCUUGUUGAUACCACUGAAGGCAUAGACGCGGUAAAUCUGGAGCUUGCGGAAUUUCAAGCAGAUGAGGAAAUAGAGUUUGAGAAGGUAGCCCGUGGUCGGCUCCUUGCCGCAACGCCAAGCGUGCCCCCUAAAUCACAUAAACCAAUGAUGAGAGUGGCUGCUUCUGCUCCGAAUCCAUUGCCAGUCAGCUCCAACCCAAUGCUGUGGCCCGACGAACCAAGGAUUUACUCCACCAACGAACCGGAUGAAUGUCAGAUAUUCGGUGACUUCGUAGCAUCAGAGCUCCGCACCCUCCGCUCCAGGACAACCAGGAACAGGCUGAAGAGGAUGAUCCAGAAAGCCAUCCUUCAGGUCACCGAGGAGGAAGAUACGCACCUUCAAAUGUUACGCGACAACCGAAUGGGAUCAAUGGAUUUUGACCCACUGAAUUAAUACCUACCGUUCCUACCAACUAUGUAUUCCUUUAUAACAU